UCAAACAGCAGUCGCCGCCUCGCAGUGAUGAGGGAUGACAAAAAAACAAGGCUGCUCACAUUUUGUUUAUAUAAAUGCUUUUUCCUUUUUGUUUAACAUUUAUCAGGUGGAUAUAACCAGUGGAAUAUUCUUGUUGUUUCUCUCUUUUUUAGUUUUCUUUCUUUUUUUUUUUUUUGAAUGUCCUUUUUAUUCGCAGCUGGAUUUUAGAGCGGAGAAACAUCACUUUGCAGGGAUGGAUCCAGCUGGAGAGCUUUUACGCGGCGMGUUUCUCGGAGCGUCUCCUCAGAUACAGAAAAAUUAAGCGGUCUCWKCUCUGAGGAGUGAACAAUGAAGUACGGACUGGUUGUGCUCUCGGCUGGCUUUACUGGUUUACUCAGCUUCACAUUCCUYGCUGUGGCCAUCGGAACUGAUUACUGGUACAUUAUCGAUGUAAAUAAGCCCAACCACACGGGGCCAAAUGACCUGAGUUCACACUCUGGAUUGUGGAGAAUCAUUGAAGGUGCAAAUAGGAGUUCAGUCAUCCCCUCUUUUACAGCAAAUAUGUCCAGCCUAUCAGAGACUGAAAGGCACCUUCUCGGCUUGCACAAGGUAGUGGUCAUCUUGCUGCCUCUCAGCCUGGUACUGCUGGUGUUCGGAUGGAUCUUCGGACUUGUCAGCUCAUUGGCCUGCAGUCCCAGGCUGCUUGCUGCAUCGGCUUCCUAUGUUCUCCUCUGCAGUAUUUUCACGCUGUCAGGGGUCAGUAUCUACAUCAAAUAUUCUAAUCAGGCCAUGGAGGAGUUCCAACGGAUUGUUCCCCCUGAAAAUCUCGUCUUUGUGCACGUCUCCUUUGGCUGGUCGUUAGCCUUGGCAUGGCUCUCCUACAGCCUAGAGGUAGCAACAGGUCUGCUGCUGUUGYUAGCUGCCAGAAUAACUCAAAUAAAAGGGCAUUAUGAUUCUGGUGUUGCUAUAGCUAUGUUGUAGUGAAACUAUAUACUCAUAUUUUUUAGGGGCAGUUUUUUUUUUGUCUGUAGUUGUUUURUUUCUUACUAGCUUGCCAGCUUGUAAGAGACCAAAACAUCAAGAGCCAAAAAACACAGAAUGUACCGAAGGUAACUUUCAUGGGCACACACAGAAGCUAACAUUAAAUCACAUUAC